CUCAGCAUGUCCGAGUGCAGCGAGCUGAGCCUGAAGGAGCUGCCCAUGGAGAGCUGGAUGUCUCACCUGCCAUGUGCCCUGUGGGACACCCCGCUGUACCACCUGGCCAUCCCCGGCAGCCACAAUGCAAUCACAUACUGCCUGGACAUGAACGACAGGUCUCCCGUCGACCCGAUGCAGCCAGACAUGCUUCAAAAGCUGGACAAAUACAUGAAGCCGCUCAUUCGCCCUUUUGUUUACAAGUGGGCAAUAACGCAAGAGGUUACGAUCAAGCAGCAGCUGGACUGUGGGGUAAGAUACUGCGACCUGAGAAUCGCACACAGACCCAACGACCACUCCUCUGACUUGUACUUCUACCACGGUGUUUACACCACACUCACUGUCGAGACCAUCCUGAUGGAGAUAAAGGAAUGGCUGGAUGCUCAUCCCAAAGAGGUGGUGAUUCUGUCCUUCAGCCACUUCCUCGGUCUGAACCAGGAGCUUCACAUCCGUCUGCUCGCAACCAUACGCAGUACAUUCACUUCCAAACUCUGCCCCAAAACGGAAGUGUUAACUCUACAGAAUCUGUGGGCUUUGGGCUACCAGGUGAUUGUUUCCUACGAACACAACAUCUCCAGCUCUCACAGCGACUUGUGGCCUCAUAUUCCCUACUGGUGGGCCAACAAGUGCAAAGCUGAGGCUCUUAUUGAGGAGUUUGAGGAAAGAAAACAACAUGGCAGACCAGGUGGUUUCUUUGUCACUGGGAUUAACCUGACGGAGGACCUAAAGUACAUCUGCACCCACCCCACAGAGUCCCUGAAGGACCUGGUGAUGGCCACCUAUCCGGCGCUGCUCGCCUGGGUCAGAGAGCAGACCCCCGGCUCUAAACUGGGCUCUCUUAACAUCAUAGCUGGGGACUUUAUCACAGAGAGACACUUUGCACCCACUGUUGUGAUGCUAAAUGAGAAGCUACUAAAGUAGCCCUCAUGACUUCAGAGCUGAAAGCACCAAUAAUCUGAAGGAAACCUAAGCAUGAAAGUUGCACAAGUUUGUUUUUCAUCAGACUGAUGGAAACUUAUUUUACCACUUGAAUAAUUCAUUUGAGCAUUAAUGCACUUACCAGAGGCAGCGAUGUGUACAUUUCAGUUUUACAGCGUCUGGGAAAGCAGACUUUUCAAUGUAUUGAAUGAACUUCUUUGUUUACUUUCACUUCACUCUUUAUGCAAUGGACUGUAUCAGUUUUCAAAAGGCAGCAGUGGUUCGAUGCCGUGCUGUCCAAAGCAAUAAUGGUACAACUAAACCCACCCCAUUGUAGGGAUAUUUAAAGAGGAAGCACAAACAAAAUGCAGAAAAAGCUUAAUGCUGGCUGUACCUUUAGGCUGUAACUGUUAUCACAUUGGUUUGAACCACAGAAUGUAGAAAGUAUUUAUGCAAGUUUAUUCAAUGUGCAUGAAAAUGACGUAUUUGCAUGAACCCAAGCCUUGAUUUAUUUGUUUUCAAUUGCUUUUUAGCCUCUAGCUAAUGUUUUAAGAUUGAAUUAAAUGCUGCACCGCUGUGCCUGUGGAAAUUUUUAAUUGAAUGGAAUUACACCUUAAUAAUCCCAAAAGAGACAAAUAUUCAGUUCUUGCAUAAUA